AUGGCUUCCCGCAUGACAACUCGCACCGCAAAUGCCAACAAGCACCCUGGAGACCUCCUUAAGGCCCUUGACCGGCGCACCGCUGAAGAAAUCAAGCUAGAGAAGGAACGUAAGCAAGCUGAGAAGGACAAGAAGCAAGCCGACAGAAACCGUACCAUCAGCCGUCUUGCAGAGCUCGAGAACAAGGUUGCAGCCGAGCACGCGAAGAAGGCCACCAGCGCUCCGAAGGCACCAACAAAGGCAAAGACCACUGUCAAGGCUGCGAAGCAGGUUUCCCUACCUGCAGGAGACAGCUGUGCAGGGAGCACUGCGAAGGCUGAGAAGAAGGCCAAGGGAAAAGCCAAAUCUGAGACAACGACCAAGAAAGGGCGGCGUGGAAAGACAUCCAAGGCAGCACCUAUCGAGGAAGACGUUGAGGAUGAUGACUCUGACAAGAGUCUGACUGACGCAGAGGUGAUGACGGUUGUGACGAAGAGCGUUGCGGACAGAGCAGUCAUCCGUAAAUGCGUGGAUGACAAGAGGUUCCAGAAACCUGUACCAACUUUGGCAGGUGUAUCCGCAAACGGCGGUACCGACGCUGAUGAGCCCAUCGAGCCCGUCUCCUUCAAGAUCAGCAUCAACAAAUGGUCAAAGGGAGUACGAGCUCAAGGACCCCCAGACUCCACUUCUGUUACCUCAUCUCGCCAUCGCUCUCACAAGAGCAGCGCCCUCAACAGCACCAAGUCCUCCACCCUUGUUGGCUCUACACGCGCGAAGGCGAAACCUCAAGCCAGUCCUGUCGACGAACUAGGUGAUGCUGGGCUCUCAGACGACGACCAGGUGAACCUGCGACGGGAGCGUGAGAGUUUUGGUGAUGUGACUGCUGCUGCUGUUCGCAAGGCGAAGAACGUUCAUGUCUUUGAAACACCCCCGAGCCCCCCUCCUUUGGUACACGCCCCCCCUGCGAAGAAGGUAUCCAAGAAGCGUCUUCGUGUCGAGAGUGACGAUGACAGCUCCGACUCCGAUUCGGAUGCCAUGGAUGUUGACACCAGCGAGGAUGACAACGACCAGGACGCCAUUAUCGAGGACACCACCAUUGAGGACGCCGCCAUCGAGGACGCCGCCAUCGAGGAUGCUGCCAUCGAGGACGCUGCCAUCGAGGACGACGCCAUUGAAGACGAUGCCGUUGAAGAUGCCACUGACAAGGAUGCUGCUGCCCCAAACACCGCCGACGAGGACGCUGCCACCGAGGACAACACUGACAAGGACGCCGCCGCCGAAGGUACCGCUGACAGUGCUCAGGCUGCUGAUGAGGGUGGUGUUGGUGAGGGCGCUGGCGACGAGUUCCCCAUAUCCGACAUCUGGGACAGCCGGUACUUUCCCUCUGACGACAAUACCAUGCCCCAGGGGCAGCAUCUCAGGGUUAUCGAAGAUUACUCCGAUGACGAGCCUGACGUUGUGAUCACAGAUGUUGAGGUGCGGCCCUCCAAGCCCGUGAAGAGUGAGCCAAAGUCAGAGUCACGACCCCUCAAGCGCGUCAAAACGGAGCAGACUGAGCCGCAACUCACUUCGGCUAAGGAAGACGGUUCCGAGACGAAGGAAAAGGCAUCAAAGAAGCGCAAGAACAAGGCCCCGCGCAAGAACGAGCUCCUACCAGCAUACUGUCUUGAACGCAAUCGGUGGGCGAGGGCUUUCAUCCCCACAUUCCUCCGCUGGCUCGCCUGCCAGAAGAAGCUGUGGGGCCCAAGCAACUCAAAGAUCCUUGACGCCCUUCGUCUUAUAUGGCAGGCUGUCUACAAUGUGGAUAUGCCGCCCGAGCAGGACGCCAUCAAUGGGCCCGCAUUUACCAUUUGCAAGCAAAGGGCAAACGAGUGGCAUAGCAACUUCGGAUCGACAGCCAUUGCCGCCCUCAACAAGUCAUUCGUCGAGCUGGGGAUGUAUGGCUCCGAUGACUCAGCGAAGGCUCGCAUCCGCUAUGCCAAGGGCUUGCUCGCUGGCAACGCCUUCCUGUAUGAGGAUAUUGUUGAUGGCAAGCCGCGUCAUACCUUCCGAGGUCAGCUGUAUCUUAUCACCCUCGCCACGCAUUAUGGCGCUAUUCGUGGUGCCAUCGAAGUCCCGAAGUUGAAGCUCCCCACUCCCUACACGCCGUGGGGUGCAAUGACUUUGUGUUGUACUGCGGCUGAACGGGCAUGCACUCUCGCUGCCACAGGCAAGCUUGGAGACAUGAAGAAGGUCUUUGAUGGCCUUAUCAAGCACGAGAAAAGCGGUGCUCAAGGCAGCGCCAUCAAGAAGGCCAAGGCACUGUUUGCGGCUCACGGAGGCCUCAAGCAGAUGAACGAGAGGACGGGCCGGAUGUCGACGACUCUGUCAAACUUCUCAGAGGCCAACUGCAAGAACUCGACCGACAUGUUCUGGAAGUCCGUUAAAGGCAGCAACGCGCUUCUCCUCUCAGAGGCUUUCAUUGCGUCGGCCCCUUACGCCCCGUCUCCAGAUGCAGAGGAGUCUGACGAUGACUCCGAGGACGAGGACGAGGAGGACGAGGACGAGCGCGAGGAGGUAGACGAUCCUCGGGCUAACCUCGACAUUACGAAAAAAGUUGCUGCUGCAAAAAAGGCUGCUGCCCAGCGAGCCCGGAAUGGCCGCACCAGGAAGCGAGGUUAA